AUGAGAAGCAUUAUCAAAUUGCAAAUACCACACUUACUCUUGCUUACAAUACUUGUUUGUGUGUAGAUUUAUUACUCAGGAAAGUACUUCAAUGACCUUGGCUAGUAUAGGGAUUGCUAAGAGUCAGAUGGCCUGCAAUACACCUUAGCAGUAGCACAUAAAAACGCCUACGAAUUAUUUGAUUACAAGUAAUUAUGGGCAUUCUGCUUACCUUCCAAAUGUAAAAAAACCGAGCUCAUUGGCUUUAAUUAGUUUCUGAAUUCGUCUCUCAAGACUUUUAAUAGUGAAGCAAGCAAAAUAGAAUAUGUUUUCUCGAAAUAAGACUUAGAAUCAACUAGAUCCUCUUAAAGUGUUGGAUUUUAUACUUUGAUCGGUUUCUUUGUAUUAAGUGCUUUACUCGGAAUAUUCGGUAUCGUUAUUGAAUAUACUAGUGUUGGAUCUACACAGUUAUCUUAGGAGGAUACAAAUUUCAACACAAUCGAUAUUCCUAUGGUCUAAGACGGUACUACAAUGGACCAGUUAAGACAAAUAAUGAUGAUAAAGGAUGAGCUCCUCAGAAACUCCAAAAGACUAUGGGCAUCAAUCAUUCUAAGCUUCAGUUUCACAAGAAACCUAAGGCUUUUAUUUUAUAAGUUCAAGAUCUAGCAGCAAUAAAUGAGACAUCGUAAUGCUUUGUACCUAAUACUUGCUUAUGGCAUCCUUUGGUAUACGUUUUUCUCUUCAACCAUGCUUGGCAUUUUGAUGUUCCCUAAGAACUUUCAGCAAAUUAGCAUUGAAAUAAGUGGCGGUAUGUAUUUACUAUUCCACGGCGGAUAGUUAUUUGGAAUGAAUAUGAUAUUCUUGGCUUCUGGGUACAUUAUAGUAAUAUCAUUGUUUGAAUCCUCUACAUUCAGACCCAGUAGAUUUUAAGAUUUAAACAGGAAAAAGAGGAAUUCUAUUGCUCCAAUCGAAACUGAAGGUAAUGAAGAGUCUUCUUAGAAAAGCUUUUAUGAAAAUAAUAACUCUAAAGGUAAUAUUAAACUUAAAGAGGAAGAGGAGGAAUUGAUAGAGGGAAAAUAUCAAAUAAAGAGAAGGCCAUUUAUGAUUGUAGCCAGAAUAUUCAGGAGAUAUCUGAGAUUCUUUAUUCCAUUACUUUUCACAACUCUCUCUAUACUCUAUGUGCUUCCAUUUUUAUCGAGUGGGCCAAUAUACCUCGUGGCUUUUAGAUAUGUUUUCUAGAUACCAUGCGAGGGUUCAUGGUAUUUGAACUUCCUUUUCGUUUAGAAUUUGAUGUACUGGACAACAGACUAUGACAAGAGCAAGUGUUAUCCUUAUUUUACAGAUGGAGUCCUGGCAACAGAUGAAUCACAGGCCUAAGUAACCAAGAUUUCAGAUUCAAGUUGUGCAUAUCAAUGUGGCCCUUACCUGCAGAUGUUUUCAAAUCAGCUGUAGUUCUUUCUAAUAGUUCCUUUGAUUUUAUACCUACAUAAGUAUUUUAGGAAAAUAUCAUACUGUCUGGUAAUCUUUAACAUUAUCUGCAGUAUAGCAGUUACCUUCCUCAUUUCAUUCAAUCAAGACAUUCAGGCUUAUGUCUUUGUCGAGAGAAGUUAUGUCUCACUACUUCUUAAUAGACCAUGGUUUAGAUACUCUUCAUUUUAGACAGGUGUGCUUCUUGGAAUGAUUGUCGGCAGAAUACACAUUCUCAAGAUAAAUAUAGCAUUCAAGCGGAAACAGAAGUUAGGUCUCUAUCUCACUGGGAUGGUCUUGUGCUUCGUUAGCUUGAUUACAUUACAGUUGAAUAACGGGUGCUUUGACAGCUAGAAAUUAUUGUAUGAACAGCAAGGAUGUUUCAGCAAGUUUGAAGCUGCACUUUACAAUGCUAUUGCCCCCUAAGUAUUUAAUUUUGGUUUGAUAUUGCUGAUAUUGCCUGCUAUUCUUGCCCUCAACAACAAAAAUUCUUAAAACUUCAGUUUGAGAAUGAUAUUGACCUAUGAGGGGUGGAGAGUCUUUUACAAAUUAGCUACUACAAUCUACAUCAGCCAUUUCAUGGUCAUAUUCUGGUAUUAUGGUUCGAUCUCUCAGACUGGAUACCUGCUUAGUGAAUGGGUUAUCUUUAGAGUGGCAAACGGUGCUGUUGUGUUAUCUACUAUUAUAGGUUUUGUGUUUUACCUUCUGAUUGAUAAGCCCUUCAGAAACAUAGACAAAAUGGUGCUGUUCCCAACCAAGAUAUCAGACUCUUUCUUGAUAAAAAAGAACUAAAAGGGAAAAAAGAUCAGCUUUGAAGAUAAGCUGCAAAAAAGAGGAGGGGCGUCUCCCAAUAAAGCCAAUGAUGGCCCAGGGUACAUGAAUGGGUCAAAUAUAGCAGAGCACCCUGAAGAACUAAACACUCACACCUAGGGUUCUGAUGAGAGUGAAGAUGAGACUACAGUGACUUUUAGAAAGGCAGCAAAGUAUAGAGAUAAGAAUUAAAGAGAUGAGAACCUCUAUAAGAUUUCCAGAGGCGAUUCCUUAUACUACCCAGGAAGUCAAGAUAAACAGCAUGAAGUUUAUAUGAUAUAGAAUUCAAAUGACUCUAGUUCAGGGUACUUCGGCACUUAGCAAGAGCAAAUUAAGAUGGGAAGGCACAAUGCUAUCAACAAGUCAGUAUCUGAUGACACUUAUGAUUUCAACUAAAGCUACUUGGAAGAUAACAGUCUUAGUUCUAAAGUGCUAGGCAGUCGCAAUAACGAUGAAAAGCCUAAAAAGAUUAGUAAGAAGUUCUCUAUUAAUGAAGAACAAUUUUAUUGA